AUGUCACCGUACAGAUUGGUGUUCGGGAAAAUGUGCCAUUUGCCCGUGGAAGUGGAGCAUAGGGCCUACUGGGCUGUGAAAGAGAUGAAUAUGAAGGAACGGGACUGUGAAGAGGAACGGAAACUGCAGCUACAGGAAUUAGAGGAACUAAGACUGGAGGCAUUCGACUCGGCCAUGUGGUAUAAAGAAAGAACAAAGCUCUGGCAUGAUAAGAAUCUCCGAGUCAUGGAACUUCGCGUAGGGCAGAAAGUACUCCUUUUUCAAUCCUGGCUGAAGCUAAUGCCUGGCAAGUUGAAAUCCAAGUGGAUAGGGCCAUACACGAUCAUUGGCCUUCGAGCAAAUAGAGCUGUAGAGAUUCAAGGAAGCGCCCCUGAUAAGGUGCGUAGUAAAUCUGCUGGACCUAGGAAGUUGCUUGUUACCUGA